GCAAAACCACCGCAAAUUAAAAAAACUCAUUUGUUUUUUCAGUGGAAGAAGAAGAAGGAAGAGAAACGAGGAGAGCAGAAGAAAAUCUCUCUUCUCAUUCUCUCUCCAUCUCUACUUUUCUCAGUUCUCUUCUCCACAAAAGCGAAAAAAAUCAAAAUGCCAGAUCCGGAGGAAGAAGAAGAGGAGGAGGAGGAGGAGGAAGAAGAGGAGGAAGAAGAGGAAGAAGAAGAAGAGGAAGAAGAAGAGGAGGAAGAGGAGGAGGAGGAAGAAGAAGAAGUGGAGGUGAUUCGGCUAUCGCCAAACACGCUAACUGCAACGGAAGAGUAUGUGUGCGAGGUCUGUGGGAAGCGGUUCCAGCGGCACCAGUACCUGCAGCUGCACCGGCGCGGGCACAAGUUACCGUGGAAGCAGCGGCCGGGGCAGCAGCAGCGGCAGCAGGGGGGGAAGAAGCGGGUGUAUAUCUGCCCGCUGCCAUCAUGCGAGCAGCACGACCCGGCGAAGGGGCUCGCGGACGUCACCGCCAUCAAGCGGCACUUCUGCAGGAAGCAUGGGGAGAAGAAGUGGAAGUGCGGGAAGUGUGGUAAAGACUAUGCUGUUGAGGCUGACCUGAAGGUGCACUCGAGGGCGUGUGGGGCUGGGGAGUUUCGGUGCGAUUGUGGUGGCGUCUUCUCCAAGAGAGAUAUUUUCCUUGCGCAUAUAGCUGUUUGUGAUGCAUCAGCUGCUGCUGCAUCUUCUUCCUUUUCUUCUGGUGUCAUUCCUGCAGUGCCGAUCCGGCAACGAGAUAGUUGCCUGAGCAUGGCCAAGGGGAAUAUUGUGGCUAUUUGUCAAUUUGGCGGCAAAUUCGUGCCAAAUAGUGAUGGAUCAAUGUCAUAUGCUGGCGGGGAAGCACACGCGAUAGAGGUUGAUCGCAACAUGAGGUUUGAUGAUUUCAUGUCAGAAAUAGCUGACAUGUGGAAUUGCGACACAAGUACCUCAUCUAUCAAGUACUUCUUGCCAAGCAACAAACGCACUCUUAUUACAGUAUCUAAUGACAAGGACCUACAACGGAUGGUUGAUUUUCACAAGCACUUGGAAACAGCAGAUGUUUAUGUCAUAUCGAGAGAGACUGCUGUUCCUCACUGCAACCUAAAUACUGUGGGGAGUUCCUUGAACACUGUCAACAGCGCUUUAAACACCGCCACUAGCAGGGCUAGUAGGACUAUAGUUGCCAACUCGGUUACCCCUGUUGUUCCCACGGUUGCUCCCACUGUUACUCCUACAGAUGCUCCUGCUGACGAUGCUCGGCAACUGAAGUCACCAAAUUCUGCAGAAAACAUCAUCACUGUUGUUGGCCAAGAAUUUAACAGCAUUCAGGAUUUCCGGGAUGCGUUGCGCAAGUAUGCCGCCGCAAAAGGCUUCGUGAUUGAGUUUCUUAAGAAUGAACGUGCCCGUGUGACUGCCAAAUGCAAAGCCAUUGAUUGCCAGUGGCGGAUACAUGGUUCUAGACUGUCGAAGACACAAAAAUUUAGAGUCCGGAAAGUAACCGAUGUUCAUACAUGCGGUGGGGGUAAUGGCAAUGGUGACGGCAUUGCCUUCGAUGAAGGAGACUCUCUGGCCACGAAGAACUGGGUGGUGAAUACUAUAAAAGAGAAGUUACGGGAAACUCCGAAGUAUAGGACCAAGGAUGUUGUAACCGACCUCUAUCGAGAUUAUGGGAUUAGCUUGAAGUAUCAUCAGGCGAGGCGAGCCAAGGAUAUUGCCAAGGAGCAGCUUCGGAGUAUGGACAUGAAUGCAUAUAAUCAGCUGCUUCGGUUUUGUGAAAGGGUAAGAGAGACAAACCCAGGUAGCCUUGUCACAAUACGCACAGCAGAGUCAUCAAAGUUUCACCGUCUUUUCAUUUCCUUCUGUGCUUCCCAACAUGGUUUUGAGCACGGUUGCCGCCCACUCCUUUUUCUGAAUGGGACAUCUCUAGAAGACAAAUACCAGGGGAUGCUGUUGGCUGCUGCUUCUGUUGAUGGGGAUGAUGGUAUUUUUCCGGUUGCCUUUGCAAUAGUAGAGGCGGAGACUUUUGAUAGCUGGCAUUGGUUUUUGUUCGAGUUGAAGUCAACAUUGUCGACAAAUCGAAAUUUGACAUUUGUGUCUGACAGAAACAAGGGUUUGAAGGAGGCGGUCACGCAGGUGUUUCCAGGCAGCUUUCACGGGUAUUGCUUACUUCACCUCAUUGAGGACUUCAAGACAGAGUUGAAGGGACUAUGGUCCCAACCUGUGAGAGAAGCGAUGGUUAACGAGUUCAGACGUGCAGCUUAUGUCAGCAGAAAUACGGAAUUCAAUGCAUGCAUUGAAAACAUGAGAAACGUUUCACAUGACAUUGCUGCGUGGGUCCUGGCCAGCCAGCCUGAGCAGUGGUCGAAUGCAUUUUUCCGCGGGUCGCGGUAUGACCAUGUUUCGUCGAACUUUGCGGCGUUGUUCAAAAGUUGGAUAUUGGAGGAAGAUGAGCUGUCGCUUGUAAAAAUGGUAGACAUUGUACAGUGUAAGACCAUGGAGAUGAUCCAUAUACGUCGAGAAACAUCUAGCAUGUGGUCCACCACGCUAACACCUUCAAUGGAGCAAAAGCUACAGAAGGAGAUAUACAGCUCACGCCCAUUCAACGUCUACUCAUCAGGUGGCGUGUUCGAGGUCCGCAGUGAUUCCGUUAACAACAUUGUCAACGUCGAUACUUGGGAAUGUUCGUGUAGGAGAUGGCAGACUAUGGGCUUGCCAUGCAUGCAUGCUAUUGCAGUUUUCAAUCACACGGGUAGAAACCCGUAUAGCUAUUGUUCAAGGUACUUCACUGUCGAUUGCUACCGCCUAACGUAUUUGGAAUCUAUCAAUCCGAUACUGAAUGUUGAUAGGGUAGUACGUGAAGAUUCCCCCACUGGUGUCAUCUCAUACCCUUCUCAUCCACACCCACCCAUCAAUCAAGUACAAAUGCAGUCAAGAAGGAAGCGGCCUGAACCACAAAUGCCGGGUUUGUGGCCGAGGCCGCACUAUUGCAGUAGGUGCAAAACAGCUGGGCACAAUAGGGCGACAUGCAAAGCAUCAAAAGUAUGAAAGCAUGGUACUUUUGAGUCUGAGAUGUAAUUUAACUCGCGUUUUUUUCUAUAGGUAGGAGUCCUCAAUGUGUGGAAGCAACUUUUGUCAUUUUGAUGUAUGGAACCAGAAUAGAUAAGUCUCUUAAGUUAAAUGUAAUUACUAGCACCUUAGGAGUCAGAUGGGUGUUGGGUAUUUUGAAUGCGAUGCUUUUUCUCUCUUACGCUAAUGGCAUUUUGUGAUGGUUCAUGAGGUU